AUGCCUGGAGAUAAAGUUACUUUGACUAAUGCUUUAGAAAAUGUGGACGUUCUUGAUGACCUACCUCUACCAGAUCAACAACCAUGCAUUGAAGCACUGUCACUCUCAAUCCAUUACCGAGCCAAUUUUGACACAAAUUUUGAAGACAAGAAUGCUUUCGUUACCAGUGUUGCAAAAUACAAAGAGCAAGCUACUGUUCAAGCAGAUCUGAAUCUGCUGUUGGAGGAGGGAGAGACAUAUGCAGUAAUGCUGUACACAUGGAGAUGCUGUUCCCGUGCCAUUCCACAGGUAAAGAGCAACGAACAAGAAAACAGAACUGAGAUCUAUCAGAAAACAGUUGAGGUUCUUGAACCACAUGUCAACAAAUUGAUGCAGUUCAUGUUUUUCCAGAAAAAAGCUAUAGACCUGUUUUGUGAAGAGGUAAAAAGACUUUGCCACAAAGAAAAGAGACAAGAUUUCAUUUCUGAAGCUUACUUGUUAACCCUGGGGAAGCUAAUCAACAUGUUUGCGGAGCUUGAUGAACUAAAAAACAUGAAAGCAAGUGUCCGUAAUGACUAUUCAGCAUACAGAAGGGCAGCACAGUUUUUAAAAGUGAUGGCUGACCAACAAGCCAUGCAGGAUUCACAGAACCUGUCAAUGAAUUUGGCAACCCAGAAUAAAAUUAGGGAUACAUUGAAAUCUCGACUUGGAGAAAUACAGGGCUAUGAUGAACUUUUGGCUGAUGUGGUCAACAUAUGUGUGAUGAUGUAUGAAAAAGACAUGUAUUUGGAACCAACAGAAAAACACAUGCUGGUCAAGGUCAUGGCAUUUGGACUGUUUAUGAUGGAUGUGGAAAGAGGUCCCAAUAUAUAUCGCAUGAAUGACAAGAAAAGAAUUAAUAUCCCAAAGAUUGACAGAAUUUUCAAGCAACUGCAGAUGGUUCCCUUGUAUGGUGACAUGAUCAUUGCUCCUUACAACUACAUCAAAAAUAGUCCUAAUUUUGAUCCCUCCAAGUGGCCAGCCUGUGAAUCUAGUCAACUUAGCCCGCAGUCAAACCUGUUGGGCAGUCUAGAGCAGAUCAAAGAUCGGCACAUGCAGUAUAUUAGUCAGCUGGCAAGGCAUAACAAUGAGGCAACAACCACGCAGCGUGAGACACCAAGAACUGACUCUGAGAAUAAGGAAUUAACAGAGCUGGCUUUGAAAGGAUUAAUGCUUGUGUCAAAAUGGACUCAGCAAGUCAUGGAGUUGUACUCUUGGAAGUUGAUGAAUCCUACAGAUCAUCAUGCCAACAAAGACUGUCCGGAGACUGAUGAAGCCUAUGAAAAAGCCACACGCUAUAAUUACAGCAGAGAUGAAAAGUUUGCUCUGAUUGAAGUCAUUGCAAUGAUAAAAGGGCUGCAGCUUCUAAUGGCUAGAAUGGAAACUGUGUUUAUGGAUGCAAUUCGACGACACAUUUAUGCAGAACUGCAGGAGUUUGUACAGCAUUUUUUGAGAGAACCUUUGCGCAGGGCAACCAAAAAGAAAAGCGAAAUUAUAAGAGUCAUCAUCAUGUCUGUCCGUGAUACUUGCGUUGACUGGUACAGAGGCACAGAGCCAACAGAUGACCCUGCACUGUUGGGGAAAAAAGAUCCUACUGAGGGUUUUCACAUUAAAGUACCACGCAGAAAUGUUGGUCCUUCAUCCACACAGUUGUACAUGGUGCGAACAAUGCUAGAGUCUCUGGUGGAUGAGAGAAGUGGUGGGAAGAAGAGCAUGCGUAAGGAAAUGGAUGAGCAGCAUGUGGCCGUUAUAGAAGAAUUCCACAGAAAAUCGUUCUUCUGGAAUUACUUGCUUAACUUCAAUGCAUCACUUUUCAACUGCUGUGACUUGUCCCAGCUCUGGUUUAGAGAGUUUUUCUUGGAGCUGACCAUGGGAAAACGUAUACAGUUCCCUAUUGAAAUGUCCAUGCCUUGGAUUCUGACAGAUCAUAUUCUUGAAACAAAGGAGCCAUCCCUUAUGGAGUACAUUCUAUAUCCAUUGGACUUGUAUAAUGACAGUGCUCAGUACGCAUUGAUGAGAUUCAAGAAACAGUUCUUGUAUGAUGAAGUAGAAGCAGAGGUUAAUUUAUGCUUCGAUCAGUUUGUCUAUAAACUGAGUGAUCAGAUUUUUGCUUACUACAAGCAUUUGGCUGGAUGCAUUAUGCUGGAUAAGCGAUUCCGUGCUGAGUGCAUAAGCAAUGGAGAAAAGAUUAACUACCCAGUGGCUAACAGAUACCAAACUCUUCUCAAACAGAGACAUGUUCAG